AGGUUUCGCCUGCUCUGCGAACUCCGCCCAUUCCCUGUCCAUGCCUCCGCUCUUGCCGUGUCGGUAUCUUAUGAGAAUGGUGCUGCGCUUGAAGGUCCUCUCCGCUUGCCGAGCCCUCUGUCACUGUGCCUUCAGGGUGGUGAGCUGGCUCCCUGUCGUCAUAGUAGCUAUCAUGCUCAUCUGGGGCUACUUCGUGUACGUCUACAUCAUGAACAUUUCUGGUACGUUCCCCAAAAGCUCAAACGAGGCCAUAUCCGUCCUUAUCAGUGUUGUGUUUCUCUUCGUCGGCCACGUUAUCUACGCCCUGCUAAUUUCCUCCUACGUCCGCACCAUCUACGCCAAACACAAGAAAGUCCCACAUGAGUUUCAUUUGACUGAUGCCCAACUAGCAAGCAUGGAUGAAUCGGUGGACUGCAGGGAGCUACUGAGGGAGAUGGCAUCCGACCUCCCGGUACAAACUGCCAGUCGCAACGGCUCCAUUCGCUACUGCGACAAUUGCGAAAUCAUCAAACCGGAUCGCUGUCACCACUGUUCCGUCUGUGGCACAUGCAUCCUAAAGAUGGACCAUCAUUGCCCCUGGGUCAACAACUGCGUCGGGCACUCAAAUUACAAGUACUUUGUUCUGUUUCUGUUCUACACUGUUGUGCUGGCUCUGUGGGUGUGUGCUACUGGACUCUACGACUUCAUUAGGGCUUGGACCGAUAUUCUGCACAGCACUCCGGCCUACAAGUUUCAGGUCAUAUUCUGCUACUUCAUAUCGGCCAUGUUUGGAUUCACCACUUCGUUUCUUCUCUCUUUCCACGUCUACCUCGUCUGCUGGAAUAGAACCACUCUCGAGAAUAUGCAGUAUCCAGUGUACGAAGGUAGUCCGUAUCGGAGACUCUAUCAUCUCGGAGUGAAGCGGAAUCUACAGCAGGUCUUUGGGAAGACUUUGCUCAGAGCGCUCCUACCAGUAUCCACCAGUGAAGGUGAUGGGGUCAGCUUCCCUCUCCACAUAUCGUGCACUCGUCUGGCGAUGCACAACAAUCACCACUCUAAUCACAGGGGCAACGAGGAAGCCAUUUUGGAGGCUGGCCACACCUCUGACAGCGAGGUGGAACUGUUUACUAGCGACCACAAACUAGAGACUCAACCCCUCACCAAGAACACUCAGUUAUAAUCACCCUGUUUCUUCUCCUCACUCUCCCUCUCUCUCUUCCGUUGCCUGUUAUCUUUCUUGUUUCUUCCUCUUUCCUUCCCUCUCUCCCUUCCUCUCUCUAUCUGGUCGAGUGUGUAUAUACUCCAUCGGGUUGACGGUAUUUUUGUCACAUAAUAUUCUGCUAGAGAUAAUACAUUUUACAACAGG